AGGUACCUACCUCCUAUACGGUUUAAGACUCCCGAUCAAGAACUUCGAGCAACAAUGGCGAAGCGCACAAGCAUUUGACGUUGAAAUAGAAUGAUUUUAAGUAUCGCGUUGAUAAUUAAUUAGUUGAUUAAUUAAUUCUCUCCUUUUAUACUUGUUAGCGACCAUGUCCGACACCGCGAAACGACGGAUCCAAGCUCUGGGAAACCAGAUCUUCGCGUCGUCGCCCCCGUCCUCGUCGUCGUCUCCCGACGCACUCCCCGCAAUAAAGAAACCCGCCGGCAAGUCCGCGGGCCCCCGUACCCAAGGGAAGGUCGUCAUCAUCACGGGCGCGAAUUCGCUCCUGGGAAUCGGCCGCGCGAGCGCCCACCAGUUCGCCGAGAACGGCGCCAGGGCCGUGUACCUGUGCGACUUCGACGGCACGCACCUCGCGGCGCACAAGCGCGAGAUCGAAGCCGUGUACCCCGGGGUCGACGUGCACGCGCGCACGUUCGACGCGGCGGACGAGGCGGCGGUUCGAGAGGUCGUGGACCACGCGAUAAGCACGUACGGCAGGUUGGACGUCUUCUUCGCGAACGCGGGCGUCGUGGGCCGCUAUGCGCUGUUCUCGGAUGUGACCAAGGACGAAUUCAUGCGUGUCUUCGACACCAACGUUGCUAGCGUGUUCCUCGCCGCCAAGUACGCCGCCCCCGCGAUGCAAAAGACCUCGCCCUCGAAGCCCGUGUCGUCGGGGAGCAUUAUCGGCACGGCGUCGGUGGCCGGAUUGCGGUCCAAUGCGGGAACAACACCCUACGCGGCGUCCAAGGCGGCCGUUAUCUCGCUAGCCCAGACCAUCGCCUAUCAGCUAGCCGGCACGGGCAUCCGCGUUAACGCUAUUUGUCCCGGACUGAUCGAAACGGGGAUGACGGCCCAGACGUUCGAAGCCGCGCGGGCCCGCGGUACCGAGAAGAAGAUUGGCCAGUUGAAUCCGUUGAAGCGCGGCGGUACUGCCGACGAGAUCGCUCGUGUUGCCCUUUUUCUCGGUAGCGAUGAGUCUAGCUAUGUAAAUGGCCAAGCGUGGGCAGUCGACGGUGGGCUAAGCGCAGGGCAUCCGUUUGUACCCGGUAAAUUGGCUUGAUGAAUAUCUACCUAAGUAGGUCCUUGAUUUGUACGUUUAUACCCAGAGAGUCACUUUGUUUCAUGUACCAAAAAAAAAAGAGAGAAAAAACAUGUUUGGACAAAUUUCCCUUAUAAGGUAUCUAGGAGGUACCUA